AUGGCGGGCGGCGGGGAAGAGGAGGAGCUCGAGCUGCUUUUAGGGAAAUUGGUGUCUCUCGGGAAUGGCUCAGGAGACCACGACGCUGCCAGGGAUGUCAUUGUAGAUAUCACGGAGUUAUUGGCAGUGGAUUUAACACCUGCCCAAUAUGACUUGUACAUUAGCCAAGUUCUAGGGGAAAAGGGCAUCAUCACCUUUGGACGAAGUGUUUCCAAGGACCAAAGCUUUGUUGAGGCAAAGAAGAGUACACUUGAUGUAUUGAAGACACUCCUGGAUAAGGAAGCUCAAAGAAUUAACAAAUAUGUUGAUGACAUCAGAAAAUAUACUCUGUAUCUGUACAAUGUGGAGAAGUCUACCAAGGUCCAGGCAGCUGCACUGGACGUCUUCUGCACCCUUUUGGCAAAAUGUGGAUCCCACAUAGAUGUCCAAGAAAUCAAUGUGGAUCACUUUAUAGAACGUCUUUGCAUCGAUAUCCGGUCUGCCAAAGGAUCAACAGUAUUACAACAUCAGCUUCAAACAUUAGGGAUGCUAAUGUAUAUCUAUCCUCAGAACCUCAGACAUCAGUCACCACUGAUUCUCAAAAUUUUCAAAGGACAGUUAGUAAAACAUACUGGAAGCAAGCCAGACUUAAGUGCUCUAGCGGGUGUGUUGCGAGGGCUAGCACUUUAUCUGCACCACUUUCCUGAAGGAAUUGAUGAUGAUCCACAACUGUUUAUUGAGUUGUAUAAGCACAUACACAAGGUUUUGAAUCCUGACCUCAACCUGCCAAGAAGAGAUGCUCAAAGAGCUGCUCUGGAGCUGAUUCAUACACAUGGAGCCAAGUUUUCAACUCAGCUCUUUGAAGACUGUACCCAGGUGUUUCAGUGGUUUGUCAAAUGGUGUGGUUCACGAAAUAGGGAUGAUCAUAAGGCUGCCUUACCAGCAAUGGACACAUUCAUAGUUGUCAUUGCAAAUAUGCUGGAGCUCCAAGCAAUGGAGGAUGACAAGAAAGGAGUUCCAGUGUUCAAGUACCUGCUCCAAGAGUACAACAAGAUGCUGGAGACAAGUGAGAGCACCUCAAAGCUGAGUCUGGCCGUAAAGGGAUAUGGCUUGUUGUCGGGUGCUUGUCGGCAGCUUCUGUCUCCUGUUGAGGUUCAUACAAUGUUCAAUCAGGUCUUGACUGCAAGUCAACACGCUUUUUAUCAGUCUGGUGAUAUGCUUGAGAACAAACUUACCAAUUUGCCAAGCUAUAUAGAAUCCCUAGCAAUUAUCAUCAGCAACAUGGAUGUAGUGAACAGUGGCAUUUUGGAAAAUGUUCAGCAACUUUCAAGUGCCCUUGUGGAGCAUUUCCCAUUGGUGUCCACUUUCAAGAGAUUCCUUGCAUACAGAGCCCUUUUCAGGCUCUUCUUCACAGUCUACAACAAGCCUGGAUACUUCCAUGAAUUUUUGCACACUUUUGUAUACAAAGCCAUAGUUCUGAGUUGCUCCCAUGCCCCUGAGGUGGAGUCCUCGCCUGGGGAACAGGGUAGCAGCUGGAGAAGUAAGGCUGCAGGAGGUGAGGGUUGGAAGGGCCUCAAGAAUGAGGUGGUCACCUUCAGUAGCUACAUCCCUCUGUGGACGGCCCUGAUGGUGCCAGAGAAGGUGGCCAAUAUCAAGGUGUCAGGCAUGCCAGCAACAGUUAUGACAGAAAUGAGCAAUUUUAUAUAUUCUGAGUUUAUUAGCUGUAUAUUGGAGAUAUCCGAAAAGCUUGACUUAACUACAUACAAACAAAACGAACUACAGCAGGUGGAAGCGUCAGGCAGUGAGGAAGGAGAUCCUGCAACCUCAGAUCCUGUGUCAGGAUUGAAAGCAAAGGUUCCGAAGGAUUUCCAAGUGUACAUGAAUGUGGUAUCACUCUUGGAAAAAGUAUUACCACUGCAGAGUGAAGAUCAGUUAGAGCCCCACAUACCUCGCCUGAUGUGGUUUUUUGUGACUCAGUCCUCACUCCAGCCUCUUGUGUCAGCCCAUUAUAAUGCAACAACCACUAUUCUUAUUUGUUCUCGCCAAACUCAGUUUUUCACAAGGAAACAGGAUCCCGAGGUGGAGACAUCAAUCCACCUUCUAAUGAGCUACGUGCGGGAGCUGCUUCAGAGUUGUCGUCAGUAUCGUGAUCAGCUCCUGGCAUCUUGUCUUACUCUUAUUCUACAUCUUCCUUUGUGCAUUGUGCAAGAGAUCUUUCCCCAACUUGUCAGUCCAUUACAGAUGGCCCUUCAACUUGGUGUGAGUUACUUACCAUUAGCAGAGGUGUGUAUAUUAGCUCUGCAACUGUGGACAAAAUCAUUAUCACAGGAGAUUCUUAGUGAGCACAUGCCGCAUGUGUUACCACUCCUCCUUCCUUAUCUUCGCUCACAGGAGACUGGAGGUGAAGCAGAAGUACAUACCCGUGUCAUCACUGUGAAGAUGGCAUUUGCAAGACAGAGACGAAAAGUUGAUCAGAAGAAGAUAAAGGAGAGUAAAAGGGUAGAAGAGACUGCAAUGCAGAAAAUUCAGCUGAUGAUCCUGCGUCUGAUUGGGGGUUUAGAUCCCCUUCUCCGCCUCCACACCAUACCCAAGGAUCCAGACACCAUUGCUAGUGCUGCUGUCAGAUGGAAUAUACAGAAACUUGUCAAAUUUGCUACACCAUUUGAGCAUAUUAAGAUUGACAUACAUUUAGAUGACCUUUUACCACAUGUGGUGGACCUGGCCGUGAAUUCUAGUGACAGACAGACUAAAGUUGCUGCUUCAGAACUUCUGCAUUCUAUCAUCAUAUUGAUGAUUGGCACAGGUGCACAAAAGAGUCAAGAAACACAGUUGAAAGAACCCAUGGCACCUCUUUACCGGCACAUAUUCAGUGCCAUGCUCCGUCUAGCCUGUGACCCAGACCAUGUCACACGGCAGUUGUUCCUCACACUCAGCUAUCAGACUAUCCAUUGGUUUACAAAUAACAGGAAUUUUGAAAAUGUUGAUACAAUGGUCUUGUUAGAAGCCUUGAUGGAAGGCAUUGUGACCGCUAAUGACCCUGCCCUUCGAGACGUAAGCGCACAGUGCUUGGCAGAGUUUGUAAAGUGGUCUCGCAAGCAAUGUCGUCAGCAGAAUAGUGUGUCCUCAAACAUCAAAUCCAUUAUCAAGAGAAUUUUUUCAUUCUGUAAGCACCCAAGCGCCUUCAAACGCCUAGGUGGUGCUCUUGCCUGGAAUAGCAUUUACCGUGAGAUCCGCGAGGAUGGCCAGGCUGUUGACAUCUGGACUCUCGAUCUGCUAGCUCAUCUGAUGACCUCCCUUGACCUAGCCCAAGCAGAUGACCCAGCUCUGGGCACUCAUGAGCAAACUAAGUCUGCUAUUAAUCACAUUGAGAGGAUCAUUAGAGUAAAGAGUGAUCUUUUCCAGAAGAAAUCAGGGCAACGGCGUUUACCUCCAGGUUUCGGUGACGGCUCUUUAGUGGAUGUGCUGAAGUGGUUAUUUGAGCAGUGUGGCAGGCCCAAAGCACUUGUCAGGCAUACCUGUAUGGAACUUUUAGCAUCUUUAGCACCCCAAGUUAAAGGUUGUGCAUCAGUGCGGGACUUCAUUGACAAGCAUGUUGGAAUUUCUAAAUUAAGUGAAAUUGUGGACAUAUUGGAAGGUGGGGGUGAAGCCAAGAUGGGCAUUAGUUAUGUGAAAAACCCUACAGCAUCUUCUAAGCAUAUUGGCAGUUCUCUUAAAGAUAUCCCCACAGCAUCUUCUAAGCAUAUUGGCAGUUCUCUUAAAGAUAUAAAUAUAUUCUUGGAGGUAAGAUUGGAGUUUGAUUCAUCUUCUAAGCAUAUUGGCAGUUCUCUUAAAGAUAUAAAUAUAUUCUUGGAGAUUGGAGUUUGA